CACCUCCGUCUGAAAAAAGGAGCAGCCGGCUCCAGGGCUCCGGCGCGCAUUCCAGCUGCCUGCCUGCCUAUUGGCGUCUUCGGUGGGAGCUCCAGCAUCUCCUUGGCUCGAAAUGGACCCCAACUGCUUCUGCGCCACUGGUGGCUCCUGCACGUGCGCUGGCUCCUGCAAGUGCAAAGAGUGCAAAUGCACCUCCUGCAAGAAGAGCUGCUGCACCUGCUGCCCCGUGGGCUGUGCCAAGUGUGCCCAGGGCUGCAUCUGCAAAGGGACGUCGGAGAAGUGCAGCUGCUGUGCCUGAUGUGGGGACACCUCUGCUCCCAGAUGUGAAUAGAGCAACCUGCACAACCUGGAUUUUUUUUAAUACAACGCUGAGCUAUUUGUUGCAUUUCUUUUUAUAUUAAAUAUCUGAAUGACAAUAAAAACAAUUUUGACUUGAA